AAAUCUAUUAAUUUUGAUGUUUAUAUUCAUGGUAUUAUUAUUAUGGAUAUAAAAGAUGGAAUUAUCCUUCCCUAUGUAGUUGAAAACAAAUAAAACAAACAACAACAACAACAACAAAUCGUGUCGUUGUCUUGCUUUAAAAGUAAAGUAGCAGAACUUAAGAAACAUGUCUUUUACCGAAAGAAACAAAAAUUGCAAUACGAGAAAAACGGGGAAAUCAAAUCAGUCUUUUGGCCGGGUUGGUCAAGUGAGGUGCGAUUGCUAAAGCAAAAUCCAUAGACCUUAGCCUAGUUCAUAUCACUAAAUUCAUAAGUGAACGGACUGCGGAAGUGGAAGUCUUUUGGUCAGGCAAAGGGAAUCGGUAAGUAUCAUCAUCGUACAGGAGCAGAGCAGCUGCUAUGCUAGUCUUGCCGAUCAAAGUGCCAUCGUUGUAGCUAUGUUGUAUUUGAUGUUUUCUGUUCACCAACCGUUCGUCUAAAUGCUCACGUCUUUCCUUCCUCUAAUCCUCGUAUUGCAUCUUUUCAGUUUAUAUAGCUAACCAUAUUUUUGCGAUGGACAAAAUAUCGGCUGCUUGUGCCAUGGAAUGGAGCAUCCAGCUCGACAAGGCUCUCCGCUCCAACAACCCAGCUCGAGCUGUUGAGGCCAUAUUACAAACUGGGUCAAGACUUGAACAGUGGAGACAAGAACCAGAAGCAACUAAGUCAGUAUGCUCCAUCUUCGGUUUAGUACCCGGCUAUCUGUUGUCAGAAUUUUCUUGAAGAAUAGGAGGUAUGAUAGAAGCAAGAAAAACAAGAAGCAAACGAGACGAGCUUUUCUGAAUGGCAGAGUGCGUAACCAUGAAGAACUUUUGAGGAGAGUGAAGGUUGUUUUUGACACAGGUGAUAUUGAGUCAAGAGCAAUGGCUUUAGUUCUCUUUGGUUGUUGGGCUGAUUUUGCAAAAGAUAGUGCAGAGAUACGUUACUUGGUACUUUCCAGUAUGGUCUCUUCUUAUGUUUUGGAGGUGAAAGCAUCAUUGUUUGCUGCUGGUUGCUUUUGCGAGUUAGCAGAUGACUUUGCAUCUGUUAUCUUGGAGAUGCUGGUGAAUAUGAUGGCUUCCUUAGAAACACUGCCGGCUGUAAGGUUGGCAGGUGCAAGUGUUUUUACUCGAAUGGUUUGCUCAUAUUCAGUUUCAAGCAGGGCUUACAAGAAAAGCAUGACCAUUUUUAUAUGUGCAGGCAUUAAAACCAGUACUUGUGAGACAGGUGUAAAGCUGGUUUCUGAUUCUUCAGAAGAGAAUUUUAUCAUUUCCAUGCUGGUUUCACUCUCAAAACUUGUUUCCAAGUCAACAGGUCUUAUUUCUGAACAGGUUGAUUUGCUUUUAUCAUGUCUUAGUCAGGAAAAUACUUUGCAGUUGCGACUAACAGCAUUAAGGUGCUUACAUCUUAUUUUUGUAAAAGAAGGGUGUUGCUCUUCUGUUAAUAUGCAUGUGACCAAAACAUUAUUCAGCAUACUAGAUGAAUCUCAACUUCCAUCAGUCAUGCAAUGUGGAGCUCUCCAGAUUUUACAUAAGAUCCUUUUGUACACACUACCUAACCUCCCUUCUUUCGAAAUGCUUGAAUUUGCUCGGAUGUUAGCCAUUCUAGAGAAUGCUUCACAGUCCCCAAUCAUGUCAAAGAGCCUUGCAGCUCUUCGAGUUCUGACAGAUGUGUCAAACAAACUUUGGGCAAGAGCUGAAAGUGAAUCUUUUGCUGUGUGUUCCUCACCUCUGCCAUCACGGGUCAUCUCAUUAAUUAUGGCACAGCUCAGCUCACUGGUGAAGCCAUUACCUGAUCCUUGUCAGACUAAUUCCAGAAUAUUUCAAGAAGUUAAAAGCCUCCUCAAUCUUAUUCUUCAGCUGGUUGGGGAAAAUCCAGAUUUGGGUGUGAUGGUGCUGGAUGAAAUCAGUUCAUUUAUUGAAUAUUUUGUGAAUCUGAAUGAAAGUUUUGUGGCUAUUGGACAAAUUGGUUCAUCUGGGAUUCUGGACUUUGAAGGAGAAAAAUGCAAAGUCUUCAGGUCCAAGCUUUUAUUUAAUAUACACAGAUUUGUGGCUGCCUGCCUUCAAAAUCUCAAUGAAGCUAGGGCAAUCACUACCAAUGUCUUUGACAAAGUAAAGCUUCUGGUGGAGCAUCUACACCAUGGCAGGGUAUUUGAUUGCUAUACACAUACCAUUUACUCUUUACUAUUGCAUUCUUGUCUUGUUGGAAACAUGGAUAUUUUUCAUAUGGAGCACCCAUUUAAGCAAGAACUUGCUACCCUUGAGCAUGCCAGCAAGAUGAUGUCAGAGAGUGAUAACUGGCAUGCCUAUAAAGCUGGAAUAUAUGCGGCGUGUCAGGGAGCAUGGAUUACAGCAACUUUUAUUUUUGCACAGCUAAUGACAAGAGUUCAAUCUGAUUCCUGUUAUUGCUGGUUUAAAUCAUUAGUUCAGUUUUCCUAUUCUGAGGCAAAAGUCCGGCUUAGUGUCUUGGCAAAGCAACAAUCCAUUUUAGCAGGUUCACUGGACAUUAAUGAACUCCUUGCUUCUUUUAAAGAUAAUUUAGUUGGACAAGAUGCUGCAGGGAAUAACAGUGAGCCUAAUUAUAGGGAUGUGCUUGUUGGGGCAUAUCACAAUCAAUGUUCUUCGAUAGAAACAUUAGAAAGAGUUGACAUAUCUAGAAAGGCAUUCUGUUUUCAAAGAUGGUUCUUUGCUCUGAGAGCAAAGUUUCUGGGGGCUGCUGGGGAGAUUCUUGAAGUCUUGGACACAUCUAAAGAGGAAAAUUUUAGCAAUAUAAUUGAGGUUCAGAACAGUGCUUUGCCCAACCUCAAGCAUCUUAAAAAAUUCACUCAGUUAUCUUUCCGAUUGAAGAGACUAGCAAAGGAAUUGGAUCUGAUAAGCUCAUCUUUCAUUGGUAUGGAUGGUGAGAGCUCGAAAACCAUUGCAAUGCUUGCACUUGAUUGUUCAGUUUUGGCCUUUACUGCCGGAUUCCCACUUUUCUUUCCAAAUCUUCCUGGUUAUAAAAAUUCAAGAACUUGUGAUCAUGAGGACUCCCAGCAGAAUUAUUUAAGUUCAAUGCUACUGCAAGAUUUGAUUGGGCGUCUAUUGCACAUUGACUCUGAGAUCAGGGUAGAUCUCUGUCUACUUUUAGGUAAUGGAGGACAUACUGAAAAAUGUUUUCACCGGCAGUGCAGAAAUCAUAUAUUGACAAGUGGGCAUGAAGUAAGGGAUAUACUCAAUAUAAUUAGGAAUGCUGUUUCCACCAUGAUUCGUUUGCAAAGUGAGACGAACGGGAUGCAAAUUGAGGCAAUAAUGUUCCAUGUUACAAAGAAUGGGUUAGAACUACUGUUAGACACCAUCAAGAAAUGGCUUCAAAUCCCAUUCCUGAUCCCAAAGUAUUUUUUUAACACAAGGCCUUUAAUUGGUUCAGAGCUCUUUGUGUUUAAUACAGACACAAGAAAUCAAAAUCAGAUUAGUGUCUUGCCCGGCUUUCAAGUCUCACUAAAUCUCUGUCUGCAACUGAGAAAUGCCUCACCUGAGUUCUCACUUCAAUUGAACAAGUUGUACUGCCUUCUUCACUGUAGAGUGUCCUUUCGGAGGCCAUCCGGUAGUGAAAGUAAUAAUCAACAAAUGGAGUGGGAUAGUCAUCCUUGGGAAAGUGAGGACAUGGUAGAAAUGAAUGAGAAGUUAUUUGACUAUGUGACAGAGUGUGCAAUCAAGAGUAAUCAUGGUAAGCGUUUCUGGGAAAAUGAUAUUAAUGAUGACCAGAUUGCAAAUGGAGUUGUGUGUUUCGAACCAAAUUCUAAAGGGCAAGGAUUUUCAAAUUGUGUACUUGAUGUCUCUCAUUUUCCAGUGGGUUCUUAUAGAGUCAAAUGGUAUAGCUGUUGUAUUGACAAUCAAGGUUCUUACUGGAGUCUUCUGCCGUUGAACUCUGGACCAGUAUUUACUGUACGGCAAUCUCAUGUUAAUUGAUCUUGUCUUAGACAACUGACUAUGAGUGCAAAUAUAAUGUUUGUCUUGGAGGUGAUAAGUAAUAAGGUUAAUAUUUCAUUUCUUUGCAAUUAUAUGUUUGUUACUUUGAGUUUUGCAUAUUUUUCAAGAUCCUUAAGAUUUGAAAAUUUUCAUGAUUCUAAUUUUUACCUUUAAUCUAGUUGCUAUUAUUUUAUGAUGUAAAUGCUACAAUAAAUCAAAGACACAAAGAAAAAAAAGGAAAAAACGACAGAUUGCUG